AUGCAACACUGCGAGCUCAACACACGCGGUUUUUAUGAUGUAUAAUAAGAGUAGGCCACGAGCUUUGCCGUAGCAAAAGUCUUGGGGUGUUUGGGGACGUACGAUGUGCUUGAGCGGAGGCCAGCUCGCACCGAACCAAUUCAAGCGGACUCUUGAAUUCGUUUCUAUUCCUAUAAUUCAGUGGACGAUGUGCGCAUAUUUUUUUAUUAACAUUUAUUUCAUUUGUGAAAACGUAUCUGAGCCAUAUCUAAAUCGUUUCGACGGCCGUGUCUGAUGUCGUGAAGACAAGCAAUGAAGCGCCCUAAUCCAGAUAUGUAAAAUGCACUUUU